AUGUCCUACAAACAAAUCAUCUACUCUACCGCGCCGGACCCGGCCAUCGACCCGUCCCUCACCAACGGCACCUUUAGCCUCAAGACCGUCCCUAAGCCCACCGAUGUCCCCGCUGACAAGCUGCUCGUGCGCGCGCACUACCUCUCGCUCGACCCGGCCAUGCGCCAGUGGCUAACCGCGAAGCGCUCCUACAUUGCGCCCGUCGAGAUCGGCGCCGUCAUGCGCGGCCAGAGCAUCGCCCAGGUCGUCAGCGUCGGCACCAGCCUGGCCUCCACCUUCCAACCCGGCGACUGGGUCGUCGCCUACUCCGGCUGGCAGGAGUACGCCGUGCUGGGCGCCAAGGAAGUCGAAAAGGUAGUUCUGCCACCAGGCGGGCGUCCCACGGACGCCAUGUCCGUGCUCGGCAUUACCGGGCUGACGGCGUACUUCGGUAUGCUGGAGGUGGGACACCCCCGCGAGGGUGAUACGGUGGUUGUUUCGGGCGCGGCGGGCGCGACGGGUAUGGUGGCGGGGCAGAUUGCGAAGAUCAAGGGCGCCAAGCGCGUGGUUGGGUUGGCGGGUAGCAAGGACAAGUGUGAUUUCUUGGUGCGCGAGCUGGGCUUCGAUGCCGCGAUUAACUACAAGGAUGCCGAUUGGCGGAAUCAGCUGAAGGAGGCUACACCGGAGUAUAUCGAUGUCUUUUUCGAUAAUACUGGCGGUGAGAUUCUGGAUGCGUGCUUGGCGAGGGCGGCGCGCGACUCGCGCUUUGUGAUUUGCGGCGCUAUUAGUCAGUAUAAUGUGGCCAAGCCGCAGGGUCCUACCAGCUUUAUGACUGUGAUUUCGCAACGCGUCACCAUGAAGGGCUUUAUCGUUUUCGACUAUGCCGAUAAGUACCCGAUUGCACAGAAGGAGCUGGCUUCGUGGCUGUCGGAGGGCAAGCUGAAACGCAAGGAGCACAUCGUGCCUGGUGGCAUUGAAGGAGCACCCCAGGCCCUAGUUGAUCUGUACAAGGGUGUGAACACGGGCAAGAUGAUGGUUGAGGUUGCUCCCGUUAGCGAAGCUUUGACGGCUAAACUGUAA